GGCGAUGUCAGUCGUCCCUGAUGCGGUGACGGAGAAUUCAAAUAGAAAAGGCCAACCUUAUCCUAUGCAGCUAAAAUGGCAUUUUAACCAAGUAAAGGGAUCAGCAGAUGAAGAGAUUAACGAAGCUGAUAUCAUAUCGUGUGUUGAAUUCAAUGAUACUGGCGAACUCUUGGCAACCGGUGAUCGGGGUGGGCGAGUCGUCAUCUUUAAAAGGGAAAGAGACAGUAAAAGAAAGCAUAAGUUUCCCAACUACAGUGUCUUUUGUACAUUUACAAGUCAUGAAGCUGAGUUCGACUAUUUAAAGUCGCUCGAAAUCGAGGAGAAAAUCAACAAGAUCCGUUGGCUUCCUCAAACAAAUCAAGCUCGCUUCCUUUUAUCCACAAAUGGUGAUUAA